AUGAUGGAGGACCGGCACGGCGGCUACAAGCCCAGCGACGAGCACAAGACGGACCUCAACCCCGACAACCUGCAGGGCGCCGACGACCUGGACCCCAAUUACGUGCUGAGCUCGCGGGUGCGCACGGGUCGCAGCAUCCGCGGCUUCUGCCUUCCCCCGCACUGCAGCCGCGGGGAGCGCCGGGCCAUCGAGAAGCUCGCGGUGGAAGCUCUGUCGAGCCUGGACGGGGACCUGGCCGGCCGCUACUACGCUCUCAAGAGCAUGACCGAGGCGGAGCAGCAGCAGCUCAUCGACGACCACUUCCUCUUCGAUAAGCCCGUGUCGCCCCUGCUGCUGGCCUCGGGCAUGGCCCGUGACUGGCCAGACGCCCACGGUAUUUGGCACAAUGACAAUAAGACCUUCCUGGUGUGGAUCAACGAGGAAGACCACCUGCGGGUCAUCUCCAUGCAGAAAGGGGGCAACAUGAAGGAGGUGUUCACUCGCUUCUGCAAUGGCCUCACCCAGAUUGAAACACUCUUCAAGUCUAAGAAUUACGAGUUCAUGUGGAACCCUCACCUGGGGUACAUCCUCACCUGCCCAUCCAAUCUGGGCACAGGCCUGCGGGCAGGUGUGCACAUCAAGCUGCCCCACCUGGGCAAGCAUGAGAAGUUCCCGGAGGUGCUCAAGCGGCUGCGGCUUCAGAAACGAGGCACCAGUGGUGUGGACACAGCUGCUGUGGGGGGCGUCUUCGACAUCUCCAACGCGGACCGCCUGGGCUUCUCGGAGGUGGAGUUGGUGCAGAUGGUGGUGGACGGCGUGAAGCUGCUCAUCGAGAUGGAGCAGCGGCUGGAGCAAGGCCAGACCAUCGACGACCUCGUGCCGGCCCAGAAGUGAGGCCCCAGCCCCCACUGCCACCACUACCAGCCCUG